UCAGAUCAUGGUCAUGGGGAAUGGUUGCCCUCGCGUGCACGAUGUAUGGUCCGUUCCGUUCCAUGAUGUGAUCACAUGAACGCGGACUAUUAUUGAUGUUUCAAAAUCAUCCGUAGCGAUCAUGUCAAUCCGUGUUUUCGCCAUGUAUCACCGAUCCAUGCGGAUGCGAAUAUUCCUUAUUAUCUGUUUUCUGGCUGCUAGCGCUUUCCGAGGAAUAACAGGUGGCCUAAUAUCUGAAGAAUACGUGCUUUCCAGGACGGGAGUCUGCACUACAUCCAUGCCCCCCAAGGUACCCUUUCUUGACGGUAUUCCAAGUCUAUGCAUCGAGCUUCUAUUUCUCCUGCUUGUCGUACGGGCCCUCGUGGAGUAUGUCCGUGAGAUGCAGAGAACACAUUCAGACUAUGGAUUUGGUGAUGGUCACAGCGAUAGUCUUGCCAUCCUUAGGGACCAUGUACUGCAUUUUUCCUAUCUCAUAUUGAGUGUUAUGCAGGUUGCUACUAUAUCUACGAAUGGUGAUAGCAACGGGAGCCGGUGGUAUAGAAGUACUGCAAUAUUCUUCGUCACCAUCCAGCAAUGUGUCCUUGUUCCCCGACUGGUCAUAAGUACUCGAGAAUAUUUCUCUCAGCUUGAUUAUGUAUCAGAUGGUAUCACAGACCUCGACGUCAUGGCAUUCGCACAUAACUCGGAUGUGAAUACGUAACCUUGAUUCAUAGUAGUCUAUGAUACCACCAUCUUGUUGGAUGUGCACGAACACAGAUGACGAACAGCAGCUAUAAAAGUGCAGAUUACGGCAUCAAAGCCAUCUGCAAUUUACAAGAA